AUACUCUCCAUGAAGCAAAUAAACUAAUCACAAACAGGCAACCUCUGCAGGCCUUCAUAGAGUACAAAUAUCUAGCUCAGAUCCGUCCAGACUUCGAAAGCAUUCUACAUCUACAAGCAGAAUGGCCGAUUCCGCUGGUAUGACCAAAAAUCCUGACAUGCCAGGUCUGUUUGACUUCUUCGAGUAUGAAGGUAUCCCGAUGCCUGGAGUCGUCCUUAAAUCUAGUCUAGAUGAACUCAAGACAUUCGAAGUCAGAUCAGAUGACGUCUGGAUAUGCACAUAUCCCAAAUCAGGUACCCACUUCAUCAUGGAGAUGACAUCACUCAUAUUAGCAGAUGGUGAUCCAUCCAAGAUAGACCGAACAACCCACCUAGCAACCAUUUCCAUGUUAACCAUGGAUCGCCCACUGACCGUGGACUCCCAGCAACAGAGAGAUGAAGAACCACCCACACUAUCACCCAAACCAUUCAUGGAUGUGAUCAAGAAGGCCCCCUCACCUAGAAAGAUAGCAUGUCAUCUGCCCUUCCAGCUUCUUCCACCGGAUAUUGAAAAGAAAGCUAAGGUUAUCUACGUGGCUCGUAACCCUAAAGACAUGGUUGCAUCAGCAAUGAGAUUCACAGAGAAAACUGUUGCUUAUCCGGGAGGCUUCAAUCAAAUGAUUAUUGAUAUGAUGAAUGGUGCCUUCUCAUAUGGCUCCUGGUUUGAUCACGUGAUGGGAUAUUGGAACAAGCGAAAUGAAGAAAACGUUCUCUUUCUGAAAUUUGAAGAAAUGAAAAUGAAUUCUGCAGAUGUAGCUCAAAGAGUUGGACAACACCUAGGGCGCCCUCUCUCACCUGAGAUCCUUGAGAAGGUUGUGACAGGGAGUGGUUUUGAAGGGAUGAAGAAGACCUAUGACAAGAUAGAGAAAUCUUCAGACAAAGGCAAAUACCUUACCAAAGCUGCGGGUCAAAUGUCAUUCAUGCAGAAAGGUGUGAUUGGAUCAUGGAAAGAAAGAUUUACAGUGGCCCAGAAUGAAGCCUUCAACAAAUGGUACCAAGACAAGUUUGCAGGCUCUGAUUUACAAUUUCAAUUUGAAUAAUUUCAUUUAGCAAACACAAAUUGUCUUUCAUAAUCAUGAAACUGAUGCAGGUUUUUCAGUAAAAAUUUCUAGUGUUCUAGUGGAACGUGAUUUAAGGCACUGUUCAAAGAGAGAAACAUUACAUUAAAUGUGACCUACCACCCCAAAACCACCAAUAUGUCGCCAGGUAAGAGUCUCUGUAACUAGCCAAAAUAGUAAUUUAGUCUAAAAAAAAAAAAUAAUAACUUAUCUGAAAGAGCAAUCCUUCUUCUUCAUACUGUGAAAAUUUGAAGUCGUAAAGUUGAAUAAAAAAAAAGAUAUAAGAGUUUCUUGGACAGCUUGAAAGUUCCACUGAGAUUACACAGUAUGCAUAUCUCAUGCUUAAGUGAACCCAAACUUCAAACCUUGUUUUCUCCUUAUUUUUUAAGCCCUUGCUGAAUCUCCUCUGCAUUUAAUCAAGUAAUUGUAAUGGUUAUUGUUGGUCAAUUUUAAUAUAUUAUAUAUCAUUUUAAAGCUUAGGAAGUGAAUUUUCAAACUCAAUGACAAACUCAAUAUUCAUUUUGGUCAACUUGUUGUUGGUUUUGGAGUGGCAGGUCACAAAUUUAAAGUAUUUAUUAUCUUGGAAUUGUCCUUGAAAAUAUUAAUUAUAUUAAUUUGAAUUUAUGCCUUUACUUGAUUGCAAUUGAUUGUAAUCCUACACCAUAAGUGGAAUCUGUGGAAAGGAUGAGACACUGAAAUUUGCAUGAAAUUGUAGAUAGGUCUAGUGAUCAAUUCAGAUCCCUCACACCUAAUUACCUGAGCACCAUUUUAUGCAAGAUGUCGUCACUGACAUGUUGACAUUCACUGAAAAUUAUAGUGAAAUAAUUGUUCUUGAUUGGCCGAAAAAGCUAUGUUAGUUUGGUAUCAGUCACUGAAUGAAAACCAGCCAAUGAUUAACAACCAUCAUUAAAAUGACGCCGUGGUGGGACCAUAAGAGGUAUUUCAUUGUAAAUUAGGCAAGAAAGAAAAAUAAUGACAUGCACAAUAACAAAUGAUAAAGAAUUUGUAAAAUGGAAACAACAUUUUAAUCUCAAUUACUCUGGCAUGAUAUCAAAUCACGACCAAACAGCCUUCACAAAGUAUUUUUUUUUAAGAGAAAGAAAAUAAUAGCACCUUUGUAAGUUCUGCGAAUAACAAACAGAUAAUUACAUGAAAUAAAUAAAUCAAUUCCUUUCUAUCACAACAAGUGUUACAAUGUUUUUAUUAUGCAUUUACUACAACCCCCAAAAAAAACUUUACCAUAAUAAUUAGCUGAUUUUACCUACUCAUAGGAUAACUGCAUAGGAAGGAAGGAAAUUAUAUUUGAUAUUAGUAUCACCAUAAUUAUUCACCUAAUACCAUCCACUCCCUAACAGCAUAACUCUUUUCUUCCUGCCAACUCCCUGUCAGCCAUUUCAGGCCAUGCAUAUGAAAAUCCGGUUCAGGAUUAAUUACCGGUAGAUGGAUUCUCUAUUGGGUGCAGUCAGAAUUUAUGCCUCAGCUACAGCAAGAACUGAAAUAUAUAUGGCACACCUAUUUAACAUUUUAACAUGAUUUAAUCUCUGUGACUUUCAAACAAUUUGUGUGAUGGUAAUCCUGAUACAAUCAUGUUCUGAAAUGCAAUAAAUUUAUUUUGUGUUAGAUAGAGGAUGGCAUUUUAAUCCCAAUUCAAUGAAAAUAAAUGAAAUUUUAGCUAAUGGUUAGUAAUUGAGACUCUUUAAACAUAGACAGUGAUCAAAAUCUAGGGUUUUAGGUAUGGGUAGCCAGAUGUGGAAUAAGUUGUAAACAGUUGAUGCUCAAUUCAUCAGUAUACUUGGCCCUCAAUGGUUUUCUUCAUUAUUAAAACAUAAGAAAAAGGACAGUGUAGUGGAAUAUAAUUGUUUUAAGCUUUUGGCUAAUCAUAAUUUAGGCAUGAAUUUUAAAUUGUUUCAUUUAAACCACAGUUCAGAAUAUGGGCCAAUUAAUUUAAAACCAUGAUUUGAUGUUGAAAGAAAGAGGUCAUUUGAAAGCAGUAAUGCAUGCGCCUUUAAUUAAAAAGGAGAGAAGAGCUGCAUUUGGAAUUGCAUCAUGGAUAAAUAUCUUGAAAUUAAAACUGCCCCUUUUUUUUUCUCUGAGGAGGCAUAAAGUUUGUCAAGUUUGAAAAACUACUUUCAAGACAAAACAUGACUUUCUUAAUAUAGUUACUGUUUAUAAUGUGUGAUAUAAACAUAAGAGCAUAGCUAUAAUAAAUUACUAGUAUGAAAUACA